AAAAAUAUUUACUGUCUUGAUUUAUUCAGUAAGACAUGUCAGCGAAUUAUUUCUUAACAUUUGAUUUGUUUUAUAUUUUUGGCGCUGUGCACAAUCUUAAAAUAUCCAAUUGGUCCUAAAAUGUAUUUACAGUUUAAUUAUACUCAGCAUGCAAUUCAGUGAUGAAAAAAAUUAAAAGACAAAAAAUGUCUACAGACCAUUUUGGACUUUCUACACACGACAUAACAUCCAAUCUACAUCGGUAUGGGGAGUGUAUUCUCCACUGCAAUAUCCACAUCUCCAGAGGAAUCCAUGAAUUUGACAAUGAUAUUGUUUUACGCUAUGCAUGUGGAAUCGCGAAUAGUGGUGGAGGUGUUCUCCACAUGAAGAAUGAGGAUUAUAGAAGUGGAGUCUGCUCCAAAGAUUUAGAUAUAUGGUGGAGUGGAAUGGAAAUAAAACUCGCUGAGAUGAUCUCAUCAGAUGAUAUUUGUAACUAUUUUGAUAUGGUGGGAAAUUACGAUGAUGCCGAUCUGUAUCUCUUUAUCAAGUCUGCUGAGCACAUCUGUACAAUAGACUAUCAUUCCCGUUUACCCACCGACACAGCCACGCAUGAGGUCAGUUACCAGUCUGUGAUCAAGCUCCUCCAGAGAGAUGAAUCAGGAAAACCACUCUCUGCCCUCCCUUCAAUCCCCACAAACUUCCAGUAUGGAGUUACAAAUGAGUAUCUCAAACAAGAGACAAAGCAAAUUCAAUUCAAACAGCUAUCAAGUCGAAAUUCAAGAGACGGGAAAGGCAUCCCAGACAAAAUUAGGACACUGAUAUCAAAAUAUGUGACAGCAUUUGCUAAUCAUGAAGGAGGACACAUCUAUUUUGGCAUUGAUGAUGAUCAGGCUGCUGUGUAUGGAGAAGAGAUGACUGACCAGGAACAAGAGAGAACAGUAAAGCUGGUCCAGUUGAAGAUGGAUGUUAUGAUAUGGGGGAGUUCCUCCUUCAGUGCCCAGAGAGGGGUACAGUGGGACAUUCAUUUCUCCCCAGUGCAGAGUGUGCCUCAUAAGAUGAAUCCCCGAGUUGUUGUUGUUGUGUCCGUAUGUAAAUUUCCUGGGGGCGUAUUUUCUGCCACUCCGGAUAGUUACUAUGUCAACACAAAGACCCAGACUGUAGACUGCUGGUCCUUUGAUCAAUGGAAAAAAGCAAUGCUCAACCCUUUCAGAGAUAAGCCGGAAUUACAUGGACGCUUCAUUAAGCUUCCCUUUACUGUGCCUCAGGCACCCCUGGUAUUCUCCUUGAAACAUACCAUGAACAGUAUAAAGGCCAAAUUAUUUACAGAGAAAUCGAUGAAGUUUGCUCAGCCUCACCACUUCCUGACCACCAUUGAUUGUGUGGACACCAGAAGCCUCGUCUGCUCUGUUGUGGACCUGUUCUCUGGGGGGAGACAUCUAUCCCUAUUUGUCAACUGCUGGGGGCUGUCAGUUCCACUGCCGUCCCUCCAAAAAGUGACCUGCGAUUUGUUUAUUGUCAGUGAGACCCAAGGGUGUCACUUAAUCACAUUUGCUACCUCAGAAUCAAAUACCAUUUGGGCACAUACACAUGAUGUUGCAGCCCACCUCAAGUACAAAAUGGUGGCUCUUGGAGGCUGUGUUUCCAAGUUUGGUAUUACUACACAUAUCAUCAAUGUUAAAAAUUUUCUGGAUGUUAAAGGCGAUUUCGAAAGGCGGUUCUACCCUUCUCAUUUUGAUAUGUCGUCGGAGAAAUUUGACAAUGUUAUUGACUCACUCAUUGUUACAAUGGCAGCUUAUCAACCUGUGGAUUUCACGACCCUAAAUACGACCACUGUGGAAAAUAUUUUGUCUCAGGAUACAUACUUUUUCAUGCUCACUUGUGAUCAGUUUCAACUGCUAUUUACUCAACAGUUUACCAAGGAAUUGUGGGUGCACAGUCCUCCAGGUGCUGGGAAAACAGUAGCAGCCGUCCAGUUUGUUCAAGAGCUAAAACGAAGAGGGUCUCAGACAAAAGAAAUCCUGUACCUAGCUGAAAAUGAACUCCUUUGCUCAUAUGUCCGGUCUUUCAAAAUAUGCCACGUGUCAACACGUCGUGACUUCAUGAAUGCCAGUGUAGACACUUUCAGUGAUAUCAAAAAUGUCAUAGUAGAUGAGGCACAGAAUUUCAAAGAUAGAGAUGGAGAUUGGUACAGCGCAGCAGAACGUUUGACCAAGCCACAUGAAAGUUCAUCUCAGCAGACGACAAACUCAAAUCAUCUUGAGAGACAUGGCUUCUUCUGGGUAUUCAUGGACUACACUCAGAAAGUUCACAAAUUUAAUGCAGGACUUCCAUCUAUAAUUGGAAAAAAUAAUUUUAUGAUGAGUGAAAUAACCCGUAAUUCGAAGGAGAUCUUUGAAUAUGCCCAGCAUUUCAUGAAUGGUCCCAUCAAUGUGGAAAAAAUGUCCUUAGCAGACAACAUGGAAGAACUAAGUAAUCUUGAAAGCUCGCCUCAUCUUGGUCACGAAUACAGUUCGGGACAAUCCGUCGAAAUCCUCAAAUGUGACAAGGAACAUCUGAAAGAGAAACUUUUCCAAGUACUCUCGAACAUAAUCGAUAGUGGAGUCAGUGUUGAUGACUUGGCUGUACUUGUUGGAAGUAAACAGGACAAGCCAGAAAUCACAGUAGGCGUGAUGCCAUUAACAUCAAAUCAUGGAGUAGAAGUGGAUACAGUGAAGGAGUUCAGUGGACUUGAUCGAGGGACCAUAGUUGGGGUGGAUCCAAAGGUCAAUCCAGAACAUGCGGAUUUGAGUAAAUUCAUCCUUAGCUUGGCAACACGUGCACGUGAUAAACUUGUGAUUAUCUCUACCUCAGAUGUUGUUCAGAGGAAACUCGAGUGUGAUCAGGAAUCUUGAUACCAAAAUGUAGGCAUUAAAUUAUAGACACAAAAAAUAGGCAUUAAAUCAAAGACACAAAACAUAGGCAUUAAAUCAUACACUCAAAACAUAGGCAUUAAGUCAGAGACGAAAAAUAUAGGCAUUAAAUCAUGGACACAAAAUAGGCAUUAAAACAAAGACAUCAAAAUAUAGGCAUUAAAUCAUAGACACAAAAUAUUAGGCAUUAAAUCAUGCAUUGACACAAAAUUUUAGGCAUUAAAUCAUUGACACAAAAUAUAGGCAUUAAAUC